AUGCUGUCUAUGUCUCCAAAUUCAAUAGCUCGGAGCUCCCUGGAGGAAAUGCUGGAUUCUCUCCGACGGAGGGAUGAGAUGGAGAAGCCUAAAGACAUGCCCCCGGCCUUGCCAGUCCGGCCCAGAGCUGCCUCCCGGUCUCGGCUUCCCUCAGCCAAACGGUCGCUGCCCACAAACUUUAAAAUUGGGGAAUCGGAACCGCCAGAUAGCUCAUCAAAUUGUAAUGUUAAGAAGGAAGAAACAAAAGGGUCGAGAAGGAAUAGUUUUGGGGCCAAAAAGAUUAAGGAAAUGGAUCGGAGGGAAUCGCCCUAUGUUGUGGUGUCUAACGAGAAGAAAUGUGAGAGGAGAUUGGAGGAGAAAGAUGGUGCCAAACUCGCCAGCUUGCCUUCCGGAUCGCUCCCGAGGCUUAGGGAGCCUGAGUGGGAUGAUAACCUUGGGUAUUUCAUUAAGAAGAAACUUCGUGUAUGGUGUCGGCGUCUAAACGGGCUAUGGGAAUCAGGGCUGAUACAGUCAACUUCAGGAGACAAAGCUUUGAUUUUGCUGUCAGAUGGAAGUGUUGUUACAGUGCCCACAGGGGAGCUCUUACCUGCAAAUCCAGAUAUUCUUGAGGGUGUGGAUGAUCUUAUACAACUUAGUUAUUUGAAUGAACCUUCAGUUCUUCACAACCUUCAACACAGAUAUUCUCAAGACAUAAUAUAUAGCAAAGCUGGCCCUGUUCUAAUAGCAGUCAACCCCUUCAAAGACGUCCACAUUUAUGAAAAUGAUUUUGUUACGGCCUACAGACAGAAGCUUUUGGACAGCCCUCAUGUUUAUGCUAUUGCUGACACUGCCUACAAUGAAAUGAUGACAGAUGAAGUAAAUCAAUCCAUCAUUAUAAGUGGGGAGAGUGGUGCUGGUAAGACUGAAACUGCUAAGAUUACAAUGCAAUACUUGGCUUCACUUGGUGGAGGUACUGGUGGGAUAGAGUCUGAAGUGCUGCAGACAAGCUGUAUACUGGAGGCAUUUGGUAAUGCUAAAACAUCCAGGAACGAUAACUCCAGCCGAUUUGGAAAGUUGAUUGAAAUUCAAUUUAGUGCUACAGGAAAUAUAGUUGGUGCUAAAAUACAGACUUUUCUACUUGAGAAGUCAAGAGUGGUUCAGUUGGCCCAGGGAGAGAGGUCGUACCAUAUCUUCUAUCAGCUUUGCACGGGGGUUUCUUCUACUCUCAGAGAUAGAUUGAGGUUAAAAAGGGCUUCUGACUACAAUUAUCUCAAUCAGAGUGGUUGCAUGGCUAUCAAUGGUGUUGAUGACGCUCAGAAGUUUCACAUCCUUGUGGAAGCCCUAACUACUCUCAAAAUUUGCAAAGAAGACCAGGAGCAUGCAUUUGAGAUGCUUGCUGCAGUGUUGUGGCUGGGAAACAUAUCCUUUCUUGUAAUUGACACAGAAAACCAUAUUGAGGUUGUUGCUGAUGAAGCUGUUAGCAACACUGCUAGCUUACUAGGCUGCAGUACAGAGGACCUAAUGCUGACUUUAUCUACUAGUAGAAUACAAGCUGGCAAGGAUAAGGUUGCCAAAGGGCUAACUCUACAACAGGCAAUUGACACAAGAGACGCAUUGGCAAAAUUUAUCUACGCGAGCUUGUUUGACUGGCUUGUCGAAGAAAUCAAUAGAUCACCUGCGAUGGGCAAACAUCAAACUGGGAGGUCCAUAAGUAUUCUAGAUAUUUAUGGGUUUGAGUCAUUCCAGAAAAAUAGUUUUGAACAGUUUUGUAUAAAUUAUGCAAAUGAGAGACUUCAGCAACAUUUUAAUCGUCAUCUCUUCAAACUUGAACAAGAGGAGUAUGAAUUAGAUGGAAUUGAUUGGACCAAAGUAGAUUUUGAAGACAAUCAAGAUUGCUUGGAUCUUUUCGAGAAGAGACCUAUUGGGCUAAUAUCUUUGUUGGAUGAAGAAUCAAAUUUCCCCAAGGCCAGCGAUUUGACCUUUGCCACUAAGCUGAAGCAACACUUGAAUGCCAGUGCUUGCUUUAAAGGAGAAAGAGAUGGAGCAUUUAGUGUCCACCAUUAUGCCAGAGAGGUUCUUUAUGAAACUGGUGGAUUCUUGGAAAAGAACAGAGAUCCGUUGCACUCUGAUACCAUUCAAUUACUCUCUUCAUGCACUGGUCGACUACCUCGUUUGUUUGCUUCUACAUGGCUUAACCAAUCUCAGAAAGAUGCAAGUUCAUCAAUCCUGCUGGGGAUGUCGGCUCCUCAGAAGCAGAGUGUUGCCACAAAAUUUAAGAGUCAGCUGUUCAGAUUGAUGCAGCAGCUUGAAAACACGACUCCACACUUCAUUCGAUGCAUAAAACCAAAUAGUAAGCAGCUUCCUGGCACUUUCGAGAAAGGUCUUGUGUUAGAGCAGCUUAGGUGCUGUGGGAUUCUAGAAGUUGUGAGGAUUUCAAGAUAUGGUUACCCUACGCGGAUGACACAUCAAGAAUUCACAAGAAGGUAUGGGUUCCUACUUCCUGAGAAUAAUGCAUGUCAAGAUCCUUUAAGUUCAUCAGUUGCCAUUCUCCAGCAGUUUGAUAUCCUUCCUGAAAUGUACCAAGUUGGUUAUACAAAAUUAUACUUCCGAGCAGGACAGAUUGGUGCACUGGAAGAUGUUAGGAAACAAGUUCUGCAAGGAACUCUUGAGGUACAGAAGUGCUUUCGCGGUCAUCGGGCUCGUCGAUAUUUCCAUGAGCUCAAGGGAGGAGUACUAGUGUUGCAGUCAUUUGUUCGUGGUAAUAUUGCUAGGAGAGAAUAUGAUGCUUUGCGUAGGUUGAAUGAGCAGGUUGCUCUGAAAAAGAUAGAAGAGCACGUUGUUCAAAUACAAUCAGUAAUUCGUGGAUGGUUGGCUCGAAGGCAUUUUAGUCAGCUUCAAAAUUCGAAAAAUAUAAAUCUUUGCAAAUGGAAACGAGGCAGGAAGAGUUCAGAAGUUAAGGAUCUGCCACAAGAAAUGUUACCUGCAGUAGUUGAAGAACUUCAAAGGCGGGUAUUGAUUGGAGAAGCAACCCUUGAGCAAAAGGAAAAGGAAAAUGCAUCUCUGAAAGAUCAAGUACACCAAUUUGAGGCACGAUGGUCAGAAUAUGAAGCCAAGAUGAAAUCAAUGGAGGAUGUUUGGCAAAAGCAGAUGGCAUCUUUGCAAAUAAAUUUAGCUGCAGCCAAAAAGAGUCUUGGCGCUGAGAACACUAUGGGUCAACUGGGAAGAGAUGGCUUUCCAUCACCUCGCUAUUAUGAUUCUGAGGAUAUGUCUAUGGGAACACAAACUCCUGGAGUCAAUCCCCUCUUGAAGGAGUUUGAGCAAAGAAAACAAAAUUUUGACGAUGAGGCCAGAGCAAUUGUUGAGUCCAAGUCAGGGCAAUCACCUUCCCUGAAUACCAGUGAAGAAUUAAGGAAACUAAAACAGAGAUUUGAAGAGUGGAAAAAAGACUACAAAGUUCGGUUAAAGGAAGCAAAGGCAAAAGUACACAGGCUAGGGAACUCUGAAGCUGAGAAACAUCGAAGAUCAUGGUGGGGAAAGAAGAGCAAAAAGUACUAG